AUGCUGGGGCCCGCCAUAUCCGGCACCGAGCGCACCCCCGACCUGAUGGCCGAGGCGGGCCUCAUCUACCAUACCGACUGGAUGCACGACGACCAGCCCGUACCCAUCAGGGUCAACAGCGGCAAGCUCGUCUCGGUGCCGUACUCCAUCGAGCUCAACGACGCCCCCCUGUUCCGGCAGCACUACGAGGGCGACUACUUCGCCGAAAUCUGCAAGGCCCAGUUCGACCAACUCUACCUGGAAGGCGCAGAGAGUGGACGGGUCAUGUGCAUAGCCCUGCAUCCCUACCUCAUCGGCCAACCCCACCGCGCCCGGUACCUGGACGAAGUGCUGGGCUAUAUCAUGUCCCACGACGGCGUCUGGCAGACCACGGCGGACGACAUCGCCGAGUACUACAUCGCCAACUACUACGACCAGUCGGUUGCCCACGCAGCGCAAUUGAACAACGCCGCCGCGUAG